AAUCCAAAUCCGGCUCCUCCUCCUCCUCCUCCUGGCACUGGCAGCGAAGAUCCAAAGAUAGCACAAUCGCAUCUCACACGCCGAGCUAUUUCUACUUGAGAGAAUCCCCCUUCUCCCACAAGGAGCGAGUAAUUUGAGGCAGAGACCGACAGAGAUGGCAGCAGUUAUGGUGUCUCGCCAAGGCCGGGAGCUGCAGCGGUACAGCGCGAGCACGGGCGGGCGCGUGGUGGUGGGCUGCGUCCCGUACCGCGUGCGCGGGGGCGACGGCGAGGUGGAGGUCCUGGUGAUCAGCUCGCAGAAGAAGGGCCCCGCGGGGGGCGUGCUGAUCCCCAAGGGCGGGUGGGAGCUGGACGAGUCCAUGGACGAGGCGGCCCGGCGCGAGGCCGCGGAGGAGGCCGGCGUGCUCGGCGAGACGGGCCCCGCGCUGGGCCGCUGGUGCUACCGCAGCCGCAGCUACGACGCCACGUACGAGGGCUUCGUGCUCCCGCUGCGCGUCACCGCGGAGCUGGACCGGUGGCCCGAGAUGGCCGCGCGCCGCAGGGAGUGGGUCUCCGCCGCCGAGGCCAUCGCGCGCUGCCCCCACCCGUGGAUGCGCGAGGCGCUGCAGCGGUUCUCCGACACCGUCGCGGUCGCGGCGGAGACGAUGCACCUCGCCUCCGCCCUCUAGCUCUAGGCCCGGCCGGCCGUCGAUCGCUUCCCUCUUCCCGCCGCGGUCUCGUCGGACCGCGGGCGGCCUCGCGCGUUUUUUCGGCCGCCGCGCACGGACGCGGCGCGUGCGGGGCUGCCGCCGCCUGCUCUGCUCGCUGGAUUGGACGGAACACGCCAUCAUUCAGUCAGACAAAUCUGGACGUCGUCGAGCUGUGGCACCAGGACGCGGCCUGUACAUUGUUCUUGGGGGGGUCUCGUUUUGAAAUACAAACUUGUAAAUGUCACGGAGUUUAACGAGAUCCACUGUGGUACUCUACUAGUAUACAAUACACGAAGAAGAAAUGAAC